CUCGGUGGCACAUGACGGCGUUUUUGGGGGGCUUCCCAGCAGUUUUCCUAACAGAUCUCUGUCUUCCAGGAACCUCGGGAAAUCCGGGCUGCGCGUGUCCUGCCUGGGCCUGGGGACAUGGGUGACUUUUGGAGGGCAAAUCACAGACGAGAUGGCAGAGCAGUUGAUGACUUUAGCCUACGACAAUGGCAUUAAUCUCUUCGACACGGCAGAAGUCUACGCCGCCGGCAAGGCCGAGGUGGUGCUGGGGAACAUCAUCAAGAAGAAAGGGUGGAGACGGUCCAGCCUGGUCAUCACCACCAAAAUCUUCUGGGGAGGAAAGGCUGAGACGGAGCGGGGUCUGUCCCGAAAGCACAUCAUAGAAGGUCUGAAGGCAUCGCUGGAGAGGCUGCAGCUGGAGUACGUGGACGUGGUGUUCGCCAACCGGCCUGACCCCAACACGCCGAUGGAAGGUGGGUGCCGCGUCGCGGUGCCGCCCUCCUCCCCAACACCUUUCCUCACCGUCACGGUUGGUUUGUGCCAGGCUUUUUCUUUCAAGGGCUUUUUCCCUUCCCAAGCAGAAACAGCUCCUCUGCCCACCCACACCACGGUUAAGCCUCUGCCACCCCCCCAGCCCGGUGCCGGGACCCCCGUGGGGCCGGGGCAGGGGUGGGUUGGUGACUGGACGUUGCCCCCAUCCCAGCAGCAGCCAACUCCACUCUCUCUAAAUCUCUCUUUUAUCACCAGGGGACCCAUUUACUGGGAGAGGGGGGGUCACAAGGUCCUUAUGGGAGCAAAGAGGUCCAGGAGCCACAACCCGGGGCGUUUGGGGAUGUGCAAGGGAUACCAGUGGCUGAAGGACAAGAUCCUGAGCGAGGAGGGCCGGCGGCAGCAGGCGAAGCUGAAGGAGCUGCAGGCCAUCGCUGAGCGCCUGGGCUGCACCCUGCCCCAGCUCGCCAUCGCCUGGUGCCUGCGCAACGAGGGCGUCAGCUCCGUCUUGCUGGGAGCCUCCAAUGCCGACCAGCUGAUGGAGAACAUCGGAGCAAUACAGGUCCUUCCCAAGCUGUCGUCUUCCAUCGUCCACGAGAUCGAUAGCAUCCUGGGCAACAAACCCUACAGCAAGAAGGACUACCGAUCCUGAGCGCGCCGCCCGAGCCCUCGCCGCCCGUUCGUUCGCUUGCUUAACGCUUUGGUGGAGCCAAGAGGAGAGUGUGGUUCACACCACGAGAGAC